CGCCCUCUCUCUCCGGUGAGGAGAAGGUUGCGGGGACGGGAAAGUGGGCGGGGCGUGUCCUGGCCGACGCGGGGACUCGCGUCUCGUGGGAAAGGGGCAUUCCGCCGAAGGAGGGCAGCGAGCGGGUUCAGGAGCGGUGAGGUCAGCCAGCUCCAUAAAGUCCAUCAUCUUCAUCUGCCAUUCUUCCACGGAAGCCUUUGAAAUGAAGGGGGACCAAGGAACAAUCUGUAGUAAGGAGAGAGGGUUUCUGUAUGAAUUCAGGGCUGGAAACCAACAUUUUGUGCUUACAGUUCCUCUGAAAUUCCCAGUUCAAGAAAGUGCUACCCAUUUGCAUAGACAUCUGAUGCGUCCUUACAACUUGCCAUGCUUCAUAGAAAAUGAUUUAAAAGAAUCCCUGAAUAGAUUCAUUGAGGAGGAAUCCAUAAAAGAUCACGAUGAAGAAGCAGAAGCAGCCCUGGAAGCGGUAAAGUCUGGCAAAGUAGAUUUACACCAACUGGCAAAUGCUUGGGCCAAAACUUAUACUGAGGCAACGUUGGAAUAUGCAAGACCUGAAGACCCAAGCUGGGAUGAAGAUUUUGCAGAUGUCUAUCAUGAUCUUAUCCAUUCUCCUGCUUCUGAAACACUGUUAAAUCUGGAACACAAUUAUUUUGUUAGCAUCUCUGAACUGAUAAGUGAAAGAGAUGUGGAACUGAAAAAAUUACGAGAAAGGCAAGGUGCUGAAAUGGAUAAAGUGAUGCAAGAACUGGGGAAGUCAUUGUCGGAUCAAGACGUAAACAUGCUGGCAGCACAACACUUUGAAUCCCAGCAGGCUUUGGAGAACAAGUGGAACAAUGAACUGAAGCAAACGACAGCUAUCCAGAAACAGGAGUAUCAGGAAUGGGUGGUGAAGCUUCAUGAGGAUCUGAAAAACCCCGGCACCACUCUCGGUGAUGAAAUAAAUGUCCAACCCAAUCAGUGGAGAGAAUCUGCAGAAGGCAAUGGGAGGCUUUUUGAAGACCAGAGACAGCUGGAAGAAAGUUUCACUAUUCAUCUGGGAGCCCAAUUGAAAACGAUGCAUAACUUGAGACUGCUGAGGGCAGAUAUGCUAGACUUCUGCAAGCACAAGCGCCAUCACCGCAGUGGAGUCAAACUCCACAGGCUUCAAACGGCACUGUCGCUUUAUUCAACUUCUCUUUGUGGCCUGGUCUUGUUAGUGGAUAAUCGCAUCAGUUCAUACAGUGGGAUCAAAAGAGAUUUUGCAACAGUUUGCCAGGAGUGCACGGACUUCCACUUCCCUGGGAUUCAGGAGCAGCUUGAAGUUGUUCAGCAGGUUGUACUUUAUGCCAGGGCACAACGCAGCAGUAAAUCCAAGAGACUGCAUGAUUCAGGAAACAGAAACAAUGGCAGUGAAGAUAAAUCUAAGAACGUAGAACAAAACCUAUCAAAUAUUUUGCCUGGAGAAUUUUACAUCACCCGUCAUUCAAAUCUCUCUGAGAUUCAUGUUACUUUUCACCUCUGUGUGGAUGAUAAUGUGAAGUCAGGUAAUAUUACUGCCCGGGAUCCUGCAAUAAUGGGCCUACGAAAUAUCCUCAAAGUGUGUUGCACACAUGACAUCACCACAGUUAGUAUUCCUCUUCUGCUGGUACACGAUAUGUCUGAGGAAAUGACUAUAUCCUGGUGUCUGAAAAGGGCAGAGCUUGUAUUUAAGUGUGUUAAAGGAUUCAUGAUGGAAAUGGCUUCAUGGGAUGGAGGGAUUUCUCGGACGGUUCAAUUCCUGGUACCGCAGAGUAUUUCUGAAGAAAUGUUUUAUCAGCUGAGUAAUAUGUUGCCACAGAUUUUCCGUGUCUCAUCUACGCUUACUCUGACAUCCAAACACUGAGUGCCGUCAAAUACUCUGGAAAGGAAAUAUAGGAAGACAACACUGGAUCCAUUUUAAUACAUUAAUCAUCUCCUCCUUAAUGAUAACCACCUGAAUGUGAUUAUGGUGCAAAUUCCUUGAAAAAGCUGGGAUUCGAGACAUACUUUAAAGCUUGCACGAGGGGAAGUGGGUUGGUUUGUUUAUUUCCCGCCCCUCACUUUUGUCUGCAUGCCCUCUCACCAUAUUAUGGGAUGUUUUGGGUCCUCCAAGCUUCAGAAGCAGUGGGGAGACAGGGGCAGUAGGGAGUGUGGUAGAAGCCUAAUUGAAAUACAACAGUGGAGCUCUGGGUCAAGCCGUAAUGUAUUUUCCUGUACAUAAAUAUUGUCAGAGAAAAAAUAAUUUUUAAAAAAUGGAUCUCUUGACAAAUGUGUUGAUACUUUGUAUGGAGUGUAACGUUGAUCUCAUUUACAUUGUUGACAUUUGACAUUCUUUGCAUUUAUUUAUAUGUGCAGAAAUGGCUACAGCUUGCUUCAGCGCACAGGUUGCAGUCAUAAGCUUAUGAAGGCUGGUGGCCGCUGCUGGGAACAGUGGUCUAUAGCAUUGUCGUCAUCCCCCCCCCAAAAAAAUGUUUCGUACAACUUACCUGUGGCCAGAUACCACAAUUUUAGGAAGCCAGACUAUGGGUUACCAAGGGGAAGGGAUUUAGACAUAACAAUGCUGUUUUCAUUUGCAGUAUAUUGUAGCAUCGGACCUUGUUAAGAAGCAAGUUUGGUGAGUCCAUUGCAACUUCCUUCCAAGUGGAGUGCUGGCUUAAUGGAGCGAGAUACUUUUCUAUUCCUGCAUUAUUAUACUUGUUCCGUAAUACGUAGUAAAGCAUGAAAUAUGAUACGUAA